AUGUUAAGAUGCCGGUCAUCGAUCAAUAUCCUACAGUUACAUUCAAGGUUUCACACUCACGAAAUAAUUAUCAGUUCUAAAGAAUCAGAAGCUCGAACAAGAAUUACCGAUGAAGAAAGACUAGUAAUCAAAAGAUUUCCUAUAUUUAAGAAUGAUAGUAGUUAUAUUUUGCCAUCUUCGAACAAAUUGACGAAAGUGAAGAAAGAACAUAUUGCGUUAAAGAUCCAUAAAAUUAAGAAGCUAUUUGGAGAAGACCCAAAUAAUGUUGGUUACUUGAAUUAUCAUUUACCAAAAUCAUACCCUGUACCAUUUGAGAUUAAUAAUAGAGCCUAUGAUAAUUCUGAUGGAAAUGGAGAAAAUGAGAAGGUAAGAAAUCGUUUAUCUGUAACAAAAUUGUUGACAAAAAGAUGGUGUGAACUUAGAGAAGCAUAUGAUAUAUACUCUGAAACGCCAUUAUUUGAACAUAAACAGAUUAUUGAAGGUAAAUUGGUUCAUCAAAAAUUAGAAGAAGAUAUCCACCCUGUCACUGAAGAUUUAGAAUCUUUUGUUGAAGAUUUUGAAGUUCCAAUUCCAACUGAUAACUUUCAUAAUCAUGUCGAUGACCUUUUUAGUUGUUCUAUGAGACUGUUGUCACUAUUCAGAUGUGGUGAAGCUCGAGAAGUAAGAUGUCAUGCAUUCUUAGAUUCGAGAACUGGAACUUUUAUCGAUGGACUUCCGAAAGACGGUAAGGAUGUUUUAGUUAGUGGUAUAAUCGAUCACUUAAGUUUAAGAAGAAAGAUUAGGGUAUUUACAAGUUCUGGGUUUACUGAAUUCAAUGGUUUGAAUGAUGAAGUAUUUGAAAAUGGCAAUAAUUUCCAAUCAAUAAUAGAAUGGCUGAACGCCAAUAUAGACUUCCUAAAAAGUGAAUAUCAGAUCAAUGUAUCUGAUGUUAAAACCAGAAUGUUUCGAUCGGUUGUCUCUCAAAAAUCCGUUUUGAAAUAUUCAAAAUAUCAAGUUAUGUACUAUCGUUAUUUCUUGGAACUUCUUGGGUUACAUCCGGAUGUCACCUAUGGUCAACUAUUAAAUAGUUCUUUAUCAAGAGGUUUUAAUAUAGAUCAGCGUAUCGACCCUGCCAAGGUGAUAUAUUUUAUGGCAUCUGAUGAGGUCAUAGUAGAUGAUAUGCGAAAAUUAAGAGAUGGGGAUGAUAUAGGUUUCCCUCCAUUUGAUUCGGAUUUUACCGGCUCUUCUCCAACAGAAGAAGAAUACGAUAUGAGUAUAUUAUCUGAUCAAAUUACAGAUCCAAAUGUUCUUGAACGAUACGGGGAAUUUUUAGUUCCAUGGAAAAGACCAGUGACGCUGAAAUAUUUUGCAGCAAGAUUAGCACAAAUGUACAAUUGUAUUUCGCCAUUAUUAUCCAAACAUUUGACUUUGGAAUAUUACUAUAAAGGUGACAAUUUUAAGAAUAUAAAUUUUGAUUUUAACGAAGAUGAAAUUAGAAAUGGAGCAUUUGACAGUUCAAUGUUUUGGUUCGGCAAAAGAGAUAUCGAACCAAUUGAACCAACAUCGGAAAACUUAAUAACAUACUGUAAAUACUGUGAUUAUGUUAAUGUUUGUUCAUGGAGACAAAAAGCGACGCAACAAAAGAAAGAAUUAGGUCCAAGGCUUUUAAAACUCAACCAGAAUUAG